AUGACAUUCAGACCUCUACUACGACAGCUUCCCCGGAAACCCAUCUACGAUGAUCUCGCUCUGCUUGACCCUCCCAAAUCAUCCCCAGCACCCAAGGAAGAUUCCCUCCCUUCAUCUCCGACGCCAACAGACCGUCUAGCAGGCCAGAUAAAACAUGCCCGCCUCUUUAUACACGCCCAUACCGUCAGAACGGAAGAUCGCCUCAACAACUUCAUGUCCACUGUCCUCCACCAAGAACAUUCUUUCACCCAGACAAUUGCUUCCUUGGCUCCUCCUCCCGAAACCCAUGAACGUGUCAUGCCAGGCGCGCUCUAUGUUCUUGUAGCGGCAAUGACAGGCUCAAUAAUAUCUCGAAACCGAAAUAUACUGCUGCGGGCGACAGUGCCGUUCGCGGUGGGCUUAGGAGCUGCGUGGAUUGUGCUGCCUGUUACGACGAGAAAUGUAGGGGAACUGGUGUGGACGUAUGAGGAGAAGGCGCCGGUGAUCUCUAUAAACCAUAUGAGGAUUAGGGGGGCGAUAGAAGAGGGCUGGAGGCAAGCGAAGAUUAGAGAGGAAGCGACCAAGAAAUGGUUCGAUGAGAGGGUGGGAGAGAGCAGGGAAGCGGUGGAGGGGUGGGUCAGGAAGGGUAGAUAA